AUGGCGCUCAGUCGGGCGCAGCAGGUCUGCCUGAUCGUGGGCAAUAUGGACAUGUUCACCCUCUACGCGAGGAAAAGGAUCAGAAACAAUGGGAAAGGCUCCUAUUUCUUGGAAGUCCUUGCGGAUAUCAAAUCUAGACAGAGCUGGUUCUACCCGCUUACCAGCAGAUAUGUCACUAGAGAGCCUGCGACUCCUGCGCCAGGAGUACAGAGGGCUGUACGGAAAGAUGCGCCGAAGCCGGUGGACCCCGUGGUCCGGAUGAAGAACGAGCUGAGGGCAUUGGAGACUGAAGAGUAUCGAUUUGUGAAGAGGAAGGAGAAAGUCCUGAAAGAUUUGGACUCGGAGGAAAAUGCCUUGACCAGGAAAAUGGCCGAGCUGAACGAAAAGAUAGCAGCCAGUAUUGCCGCAGGUCAGCCAUAA